AUGGCGCUGCUUUCGUUGAAGGUGCACAUCGUCCAGGCAAACAGCACCAAGACUAUUCAAUUCAACCCCACCGAUAGUGUCUAUGAUGUUUGCCGUACCAUCAGGGAAAAGAGCACCGAAGCUAAAGACCAGUCGGGCAACCCAAAUGAAUUUGGUCUGUUCUUAGCUGAUGAAGAUCCAAAGAAAGGAGUAUGGCUCGAACCAAACAAGACACUAGAGCACUACAUGCUGAGAAAUGGGGAUGUCUUGGAAUACAGGAAGAAGAUCCGCCCCCUCAGGAUUAAAAUGUUGGAUGGAUCCGCAAAAACUAUGCUGAUUGAUGAUAGCAACACCGUGAGCCAGAUGUUGAUCACCAUCUGCACAAAAGUUGGUGUAACAAACUUGGAUGAGUAUUCUUUGUGUCGUGAUGUGGAAGAGGACUGGAAGAAGGAUGGAGGAACCCUUGGAAGAAGUACACUCAAGAAGGAGAAGAAGAAAGAUCCAGUGUCGGUCUUGAGAGAUGAGAAGAAAAUGGAAACGCUGAAGAGGAAGCUGCAUACAGAUGAUGAGAUGAAUUGGCUUGAUCAUACAAGGACAUUGAGAGAACAAGGUGUGGAUGAGAACGAGUGCCUCAUCUUCCGACGCAAGUACUUCUAUUCUGAUCAAAAUGUAGACAAACGUGAUCCGGUCCAACUCAACUUGCUCUAUGUCCAGUCACGUGAUGCUAUCCUGAAUGGGACCCACCCCUGCUCAUUGGAAGAGGCGUGUCUCUUAGCAGGUACACAGUGUCAGAUCCAAUAUGGUGAUCACAAUGAAGCCAAGCACAAGCCAGGUUUCUUGGAACUCAAGGACAUGCUACCAAAGGAAUAUGUGAAGCUCAAAGCAGUGGAGAAAAGAGUAUAUAUGGAACACAAAGAAAUGAUUGGAAUGACUGAGCUGGAUGCUAAAGUCAAAUACACCCAGCACUGUCGAUCGCUGAAGACAUAUGGUAUCACCUUCUUCUUAGUUAAGGAAAAGAUGAAAGGCAAGAAUAAGCUGGUGCCCCGUCUUCUGGGUAUCAACAGAGAGAGUGUGGUUCGUGUCGAUGAAAAGACCAAGGAGAUUUUGAAGACCUGGCCUUUGACUACUGUCCGUCGUUGGGCUGCAUCACCUAAAAGUUUCACUCUUGACUUUGGAGACUACUCUGACUCGUAUUACUCUGUACAAACCACUGAAGGUGAGGCUAUCGGAGCUCUCAUUGCUGGCUACAUUGAUAUCAUCCUCAAGAAGCAAAAAGGCAAGGAUCGCAUGGGUCUUGAUGGAGACGAUGAAUCUCUGCUGUUUGAGGAGAAUGUGAGCGCUACUAGGGCCCGUAUCAUCCAACUUCAAUCCAGCAACAAAGGUCACAUGACAGAGGGAUCUGUAGCUAUGCCCGGCCUGAUGAGACCAGGAGGAAAUGCUGGGUCGUUUACGACAGGUGAGAUGCAGGCUGCCCAGCAAGCCAUGACUACAGGCUCAUCACGCCAGCAGCACCAGCCGCCACUGGAUCAUGCUAAGAGGCCUGGUAUGACCUCAGCCCAGCAGAACUUGAUGACCAACAUCAAACGAGGAUUCACAGCUAUGGAAGAGGCAAGGAAUGACCUAGGUACCCGGGCUGAGCUACCACCACUUGGAUCUGAUCAGGCUUCAAGGCAAUGGAGAGAUAAUGCAAUGGAUGUGAACAAGCAGAACAUCCAGUCUCAGCUGAGUGCCAUGGCUGCUGCUACGGCUGGUAUCAUCAGUGAGACAUCUGGAGCUGCAGAGGAUACAGACUACACUGCAGUGGGAUCUCAUGUUACCACCAUCUCAUCCAACUUGACGGAAAUGACUAAAGGAGUGAAGAUGCUUGCUGCUCUGUUGGGAAAUGAAGGAGAUAGUGAGAAGUUGCUUGGUGCUGCUAGAGAUCUCAUGGAUGCUUUCUCUGAUCUCCUCAAAUUUGCCCAGCCUGACAGCCAAGAGCCUCGUCAGAACCUACUUGGAGCAGCCAAUCGUGUUGGAGAGACCCAGAAUGCAUUGCUACGCUGCAUGGGAAGCACUGGUGAUGUGGAUCCAAGAUUCCAGGAUGCCUUGCUAGCCCUCGCCAAGGCUGUAGCCAAUGCAACAGCUGCUAUGGUACUCAAAGCUAAGACUGUCGCUAGUAAGACAGAAGACCAGGAACUACAGAACAGAGUCAUUGGUUCUGCUACUCAGUGUGCUCUCAAUACCUCACAGCUCGUCGCUUGUACCAAGGUGAUUGCACCUACCAUUAGCAGUCCAGCUUGUCAGGAGCAGUUAGUGGAAGCAGCUAAGUUGGUUGCUAAGUCUGUGGAGAAUGUGGUGGAUGCAUCCAGGCAAGCAACGGACGACGAGAGUCUCUUGCAGGAUCUUGGAGCAGCUGCUACCCUGGUCACCAAGGCUCUCAAUGAUCUCCUGCAACAUGUCAAGCAAGGUACCGGCUCACAGAGGGCUGUACCGCUCUAUGACGAGGCAUGUGAUCGUAUCGUCACAGCAACGGAUAAGCUCUUCAGCAGCGUGGGUAAUGCCGGUGAGAUGGUCAAGCAGGCUAAACUCCUGGCUAUGGCCACAUCUCAGCUGGUGAAUGCCAUCAAGGGUGAGGCAGAAGGUGUAGGAGAAGGUGACAUUCAGAAGAGACUUCUAGGAGCUGCUAAACAGCUGGCUGAUGCAACAGCAAGGAUGGUGGAAUGCGCUAAGCUUUGUGCUCGUAAUCCUAAUGAUCCUGUACAACAGCAGCUCCUGAAGGAUGCAGCAGAGGACCUUCGUGCUGCCACCAAUGCUGCAGCUAACAAUGCUAUCAAGAAGAAACUUAUCAUCAAGCUGGAGACUUCUGCCAAGCAAGCUGCUGCCAUGGCAACUCAGACCAUCUCUGCAUCUCAGGGGGCGGGCCCAUCAAACACCAAUACAGCUGCUCAACAGGCACUCAUUGAUGAAUGCAAAGUUGUUGCUGAAAAUCUUCCAGCAUUGAUCCAUGGUGUUAGGGAUUCUGUCAAUCAACCGGAUAGCUCCAGGGCUCAGAUCAGCCUUAUCAACGCUUGUCAGAACUUCAUCCAGCCUGGGACCAAGCUUGUGACUGCUUCUAAGCAGGCUCUACCCAAUGUCAGUGAUCCUGCAGCCGCUAUGCAACUUAGCAACUGCUCUAAGAAUCUGAACACUGCCCUCGUUGAGCUCAAGAGUGUUGCUUCCAAGGCCCAUGAUUUAUGUGGUGCUAUGGAGAUUGACAAUGCUAUUGAGAUGAUCCAUGGAAUGGAAGAUGAGCUAGAUCAGGUGAAGAAGAAUGCUAGGGCAGGCAACUUGCAUUGUCUACCAGGUGAAACGCCCGAGUACUGUGCCACCCAACUCAGCGUGACCUCCAAGGGCGUUGGUGCGUCCAUGGCCCAGCUUCUGACGGCUGCUGCCCAGGGCAAUGAGAACUACACAGGUAUGGCUGCCAGAGACACGGCCAAUGCCCUUAAGAACUUGAAGGGUGCGGUCAGGGGGGUGGUAGCAAGCAGCAGUGACCAAGAGGUCCAAGAGGGUAUCGUCGAUCAUGCCAAGGAUGUCAUGGACAAGUCUGCCAAUCUCCUGGAGGAAGCCAAGAAAGCUUUGCAGAACCUGGAUGACCCAGCUAACCAACAGAGACUGGCACAGGUGGCUAAGGCGGUAUCUCUUGCGCUCAACAACUGUGUGAAUUGCUUACCAGGACAGCGUGAUGUAGACAAGGCCAUCAGGGCCGUGGUAGAUUCCAGUAAAGGACUCAUGUCUGGCAGGAUGAUGAAAAAAGCGCAGGAGAGAUAUGCCAUGCUUCCAGCAGGCACCCAGAGGAACUACCAGGAGCACCAGAAUGCACUGAACAGUGCAGCUCAAGGACUCAAUGUGGCUGGCGGAGAGCUGGUGGUGGCUUCCAGAGGUACGCCUGAAGAACUGGCUGUAGCAGCCAAUGAGUUCAGCAGAGAGUUCCAAGAAUUGAUGGACUCUGGUAUGGGUAUGGCCAGGACUGCACCGACUGAAGCUCAGAACAACAUGGUCGGUAGUCUGAAGAACAUCUCAGUGUCUUCCAGUAAACUGCUCUUAUCUGUCAAGUCAAUGUCAGUGGAUCCUAAUGCUCCCAACUCUAUGAACCUCCUGGCUUCUGCUGCUAGGCAAGUAACAGACAGCGUGAACCAGCUUCUGAACACAUUCAUGCAGAGCGCCCCAGGUCAGAAGGAAUGUGACAAUGCAUUGCGUAACAUUCAGACCAUCAAGUCUAUGCUGGAUAACAUCAAUGAACCUAUCAACGACUGGACUUACUUUGAGUGUCUUGAAGCCAUCAUGGCUAAAUCAAAGGUCCUUGGUGAAAGCAUGAAUGGUAUCGCCAGGACUGCCAAGGAUGGUGAGCUGGAAAAGUUUGGUCACAUGGUAGAUUCCGCAGGAGAGGCUGUGUGUGGACUCACUAUGGCUGCUGCUCAGUCUGCGUACUUGGUGGGUAUCUCUGAUCCCUCCAGCACUGCAGGUAGACCAGGUCUUGUGGACCAGUCCCAGUUUGCUCGUGCCUUCCAAGCAAUUGAAUCUGCUUGCCAAAACCUCCUCAAUCCAGAUAGUAGCCAGCAACAGGUUUUGGCAGCAGCAACAGAGGUGGCCAAGCACACUUCAGCCCUGUGCAAUAUAUGUCGAGUGGCUUCAUCAAAGACCAGCAACCCGGUAGCUAAGAAACACUUCGUGCAGUCAGCGAAGGAUGUGGCUAACAGCACCGCCAAUCUGGUCAAGAGCAUCAAGGAUCUGGAUGGCAACUUCACAGAAGCGAAUCGCCGUAACUGCGGUGAGGCGACCCGCCCUCUUGUGGAUGCUGUGGAGAAUCUCAUCACCUUCGCUAGCUCUCCCGAGUUCACCAGCGUGCCUGCCAAGAUCACUCCUCAGGCCCGCGUGGCAAUGACGCCUAUCACAACGGCAGGCAAACGUAUGAUCGCAAGCUCUAGUGCCUUGAUCCAAACAGCCAAGCCAUUGGCCAUCAAUCCCAAGGAUCCGCCCACUUGGCAGCUACUGGCCAAUCACAGCAAGAACGUAUCAGACUCCAUCAAGGAGCUGAUUGCAUCCAUCAGGGAUCGUGCACCAGGCCAGAGGGAAUGUGAUGAAGCAAUCAACAAAGUGAACAAAUCAAUCCGUGACUUAGACCAAUCAUCUUUGGCUGCUGUAGGUCAGACUCUGCCUCCACAAGAAGGCAAUAAUCUCAAGGGCUACACAGAGCACUUGAAUGCCAGCUUAGCACAGAUCAAAGAUAACAUUGACCAGGUUGCCAAUGCAGCUAAAGGACAUGCUGAGAAGCUUGGACAUGGGGUAACUGCUAUGGCAAAUUACUUUGAGCCUCUAACCCGUAAUGCCAUUGGCGCUGCCUCUAAGAGCAUCAACUCACAGCGCCAGAUGGCUCUGUUAGAUCAAACCAAGACUGUUGCUGAAUCCACUCUGCAGCUUCUCUAUGUCUCCAAGGAAAGCGGUGGCAAUCCAAAGGCUUUACAAACCCAUGGAGCCGUGGAUGAAGCAGCUCAAGGUAGCAAGGAAGCAGUAGAUGAUCUCAUUGCAACACUGGAGGAAGCUGCUAGUGAGUUUGGUAUCGUUACUGGAAUGGUGGACAGCAUCUCAAGGGCUAUCCUUGUGACUGAGCAAGCUGUACCAGAGAAUGAAGUUGGUGACUUUGUGGACUACCAGACAGACAUGGUCAAGACCUCCAAGGCCAUCAUUCGAACUGCUCAAGAUAUGGUGACCAAGGCCAAUAGCAAUGUUGCUGAGUUAGGAACCUUAGCCAAUCAAUUGCAGCAUCAUUACAACAAGCUAGCUCAGAAUGCCCGAGGUGCCCAGGCCUCCACCAAUCAAGAGAUGAAGUACCCGUCCCAAGAGGUGGCGGAGAGAAUCAAGAAGACUGUGCAGGAUCUGGGUAAUGCUUGCAUCGGUUUGAUCAAGAAUGGAGGCACAGUGCAGUGUAACCCUACCGAUAACAUGGCUAAGAAGGACCUCAUCGAUAGUGCUAGGAACACGUGUGAGAAGGCUAACUUUGUGAUGGCAGCGUUGCAGGCCGGCUCCCGUGGUACACAGGCUUGUAUUGAUGCUGCCAGCACAGUGUCAGGUAUCAUUGGAGAUCUUGAUACCACCAUCAUGUUUGCUUCAGCUGGUACGCUGUCUGCUGAACCAGACAUUGGUUCCUUUGCUGAUCACAGAGAGAACAUCUUGAAGACAGCCCGAGCUCUGGUAGAGGAUACCAAAACAUUGGUAUCUGGAGCAGCAGAUAGCCAAGAACAGCUUGCCAUCGCUGCUCAGUCUGCUGUUGGUACCAUCACACAGCUCGCUGAUGUGGUCAAGUUAGGUGCUGCAACCCUUGGUGGAGAUGAUCCAGAUGGUCAAGUUCUCCUCAUCAAUGCUGUUAAAGAUGUGGCCUCUGCUCUUGGCGAUCUCAUUUCAUCCACCAAGAUGGCUGCCGGCAAGAGCAGUGAUGACCCAACAAUGUUACCCCUCAAAAACUCAGCCAAGAUGAUGGUAACCAAUGUGACAUCUCUGCUCAAGACUGUGAAGAGCGUUGAAGAUGAGGCAACACGGGGUACAAGAGCUCUAGAAGCAACCAUUGAUGCCAUCGUUCAAGAAGCUAGAAUACUGGACAACCCUGCACCAUCAGACUCGCGUGGCACUCCAGAGGACCUCAUCCGCAGUACCAAGCAAGUCACCCUGGCUACAGCCAAAGCUGUUGGAGCAGGCAACUCUUGUCGACAAGAAGAUGUCAUCCAGGCCUCUAAUGUCUCCAGGCAGGCCAUCUUUGAAAUGCUUGACGCCUGCAGGAGGUCAGCACCUAUUGCGGAGAAUCCUGAGGUUAGGAACCGUACCUUGAUGGCUGGUCACCAGUGUGCCGAUUCCUUCAGAUGUCUGCUGGAACAAGUCCACUCAAAUAUUCAGAAGCCAUUACCUGAAGGCAAGCAGAGACUUGUUCAGCAUUCUAAGCGUGUAGCACACACCGUCAGUGAGCUUGUUCAACAGGCAGAGCUACUCAAAGGUUCUGAUUGGGUCAAUCCUGAUGAUCCUAAUGUGAUUGCUGAGAAUGAACUGCUAAGUGCCGCCAAUGCCAUCGAAGCAGCUGCAAGGAAACUAGCCCUACUGAAACCACGUCAAGGUGCUAGGAAAGCAGACGACAGUCUUAACUUCGAGGAGCAGAUCUUGGAGGCAGCUAAAGCCAUCGCCGCGGCAACCAGUGCUCUCGUCAAAGCUGCUGGCUAUGCGCAGAGGGAAUUGGUGCAACAAGGAAGGGUGCGUGCUAACCCCUCACCAUACAGCGAGGAUGGCCAGUGGUCGAUGGGGCUCAUCUCUGCAGCUCGUAAGGUCGCUGCGGCCACCCAGGGCCUGUGCGAGUCGGCCAACUUGGUACAAGGUCAUGCCAGUCAGGAACGUCUGAUUGGAUCAGCCAAGCAAGUCGCUAGCUCCACCGCCCAGCUGCUGGUUGCAUGCAAGGUUAAGGCCGAUACCUUCAGUGAAUCCAUGCGAAGACUCCAGGUUGCUGGUAAUGCAGUCAAGCGUGCCUCAGACAACCUGGUCAAGGCUGCCAAAGACUCCCAGGAUGCAUCAGAAGAUACGCAAGGCAUUGAGAUCACAGACCGCAUGGUGGGCAACAUCGCCAUCGAGAUCGAAGCCCAGGAGGCCAUCUUGAAGAAGGAGAGGGAGCUCGAGGAGGCGCGAAGGAAACUUGAGAUUAUCCGUAAAGCCAAGUACGCCAACAAACCACCCACGGACUCUGAUUGAUCUAAAUCAGCAUCAUACAGCUAGGUUAUAGACAGUUAAUCGUAACAAUAUGGAUAUCAUUUAUGGAAAUGAUAAACAUAUUAUGUUUCUGUUCUGUAUGCCUUAUGAAGAAAAAAAGUAUAAAAAAAGUGAAAAUGAAAUUUGGCAUGGGUAAACUAUAACAUGUACAAAAUAUUAAUGUUUUAAGUAAGACAGUGCCAUGCAAAAAACAAUAUUGAAUCCAUGAACAUCAAUAUAAUAUUUUAGAUUUGUAUGCAUAAGUCAAUAAAGUGAGUAGUAAAUCAGUAUAUCAUAUUAACUGAUCUGAGCAGUACAUUUGAUGGAGAAAAAUAUCCUAUUAAACAAAUGAAAAAAAUAUAAUUUAAUCAUGUGGUCUUUUUCUUGAGCUACUAUUAUGCUUACGUUUGGUGCGGGAAUGAGGGCUCUGCCUCCUGAAUUUAAUGUCAGUGGUCAAACAUAGUAACGGAAAUCAUGUGACAGAAUAUUUUAAUAUUAUUUUAUCAGGAAAAUGUAUUAUUCUGCCUACUUUAUGUAUUCUUUUAUUAGAAAGGAAAUUAAUUAAUAACAAUGUCAUCAUGCUUGUCAUUUAGUAGAUGUGUGUAGAUAAGUAAAUCAUGUAUCAGAUCAUAUUAUUACUUUGACCUUUGUGUAUAUAUUAUAUUACAGGAAUUGAACCAUCUCUUUUAUUUUGAUGUAUUGCUUUUGUUGACAAAGAAAAACAGCGACAUGUCUUGUCUAAUCGUGCUCAUGUAAUGUAGCAGACAUUGUAAUAAUGUGUAAUAAGAAAGAAAAUGUUUAAAUGACUUUUAUUAUACACUACCAUUGAUGGUACAUGAAUGUGCUCCAAAAUAUAUUUCCUUCAUGUAGAGCAGCAUUUGUUUUUGUCCACUGUAGCAAAAUUUGCAUUUAUUUUAAUUAAUUUGAAGAGAUAUAAAAAAGGACUUAUUUUCCUUCAAUGCUUUCAUGAUGGCUUGUAAAUUAAUCAUGAUCUAUCUAACAACGAUAAAAGAAUUGAUGAAGCCUGAAUGACAUGAUAUCUUGAUUAUGGUCUUCCAUCUUCAGUCACUUAAAGAGAUAUUGAGUUUUCAAAAGAUUGAUAAGAAAAGUGCAGAUAAAAGAAGAUUUGUGUAAAUUUUGUCAGGAAUGAUUAUAGCUUCCAUGUCUUUGAUGCUUUCAUUGAUAUCACGUACAACAAGAUGUGAUUGUUAGUGUGUGUGUCUAUAUUUGCCUUUCAUGUGGUUUAUUAACAAUAAAGAUGUAGUAAUUGAGUAGCUUUGUUAACUUCGUAAGUUUGCUUUUAUUCUUUCCUACUUAGUUGAUGUUCUGGAGCUUUCUCACUCUUAAAAAAAAAUAGAAAUAGAUAGAAAAUUCAGUAUAAUGCAAGUUGCAACUCGAUUUAAAUGUGUAUUAAUUAGCAUAUAUGACCUGUAUGUACGAGGAUUGCUAGUAUUUAUAUAGUAGAUUUUGUUGUUAUUUACUGUAAAUGUUUGGAAUAUCCGGUUAUAUUUUAAAUCAGUCCUUAGAAUAUGUAGAAGUUGUGUACAUUGAUUAGCAAACAUUGCAAUUUGUGUAUUUGGAUGUUAUUCAAUUUUUGUCAUGCUUAUAUAGAUCAAAUUAUUGGGUUAUGUGAAAUUAAGAAAAUUUAUGAUUUUAAUAACAGAAGCUGAUUAAUCUUCUAGAAGCUUAGAAGGUUCAUUACAUUCUCUUCAGCUGAUUGGAUGUUCCUAAAAGCAAAAUGCUCUCAAGUUCCUUUUGAAAGUGUUUCUUAGUUUUGUUGAGAAAAUGAUAUAUUUUCAUAGUAGAACGUGUCAACGAAUUUUGUAUGUGUAUACUGUAUAUAUAUUGUUACCCUUUAAAAUGCAGUUGGAAGGGAGUAAUUCAGUCAUGUGGAAAUGCAAAAUUCAUGCAGAUAUAAGUCAUUGUUCAAGAAAUGAUGAGAGACUGACAAUGUGCUUCUUUGCAUUAGUAAUACAGAAGAAAGUCUUGUUUUUACCUGUCAAGUGAAGCAGCAAAUUAUACAGUGUAGCUUGUAAACUACACAUGUACAAUUAUAAAUGGGAUACAUUGCAAACAUGGAUUGGAUGUAACUCUGAGAAUGAUGAUGAAAAAGUAAUUGUAAAAACUUGCCAUAAAUAUGUCAUGACGCAAGCAAGGACGUUUUUUUGUUAUAUUUACUGAAUGGAUUGGUUAAGAAAUCUGUGAAAAUCAAUGGUAACAAACAGCUAAGAAUGUAAGUAGAUUAUUGUAUAUGUAAGAGAGGCACAGGCAAGUGACUGGACGAUUCUAAGUAAGAAGAAAAUAAGUCAUGUCUUAUCUUGGAGUGAUAACAUUGGAUACUGACUUUGGAAUGAUUUCUUGGCAAGCCAAGUUAACUAAAAAACAAGGAAAUAAAGAAGUUAUUAUAAUAAAUGACAAUGACUUAUGAAUUAUUGUAUAGUACACUGUUGACACAUGAUAUGUGAUUUUUUUUUUUUAUGCAGAUAAUAAUGCCUGUGCUCAUCAAUUGCCUAUUGUAAAUAAUUUCCAGCUUUUGAGCAAAGAAAAAAAACAUUUAUCUCUAAAGGUUAUUUAAACAUUUUCUAGCUUUCUAUAUGUGAUGACACCUAUUUAGUUUCACCUGUUAUUAGGUGUUAAUCUAUAGCCAUAAUUGUUUGUAGUUUGGAAUGCAUUGUUUUCCUUAUAGUUCUAAUAUUGCUAAGCUAUAUAUUAUUUGCAUGAAUGCUUGAUGUGUUUGGGUCUAAUUAGUUUUGGGUUACUUCUAAUUCUUUUUCUUUUCAUGUGUGUUUUCAUCAAAUUGUUAUGAUUUUUGAAAUGAUUUAAUCAAAGAAUUAUUGAUAUGAUUUCAUUCCUUUCAAAAGGAAAACAACCUUUAUUUAAAUGCAAUAAUAUUUUCAUGACAGAACUACAGUUAAUUCAUGGGGCAGACUUAAUGCAGAAAAAAAAAUUCAAUCCUUUGCUAAAAAAGAUAAAGUAUCUGUUUUGUUUACUCUUUCUCUCUAGAUUUUUUUCAUGAUAUAUCACAUAAUUAUAUGCCUGUAUGAUAUUCACGUUUUUGAAAUAAAACAAAAUACAUCAAGGAACAUUUAUACAUAAAUGAAGAGAUGUGUGAACAGCUCUUGA